CCUUCCUUUCGCGUGAGUUUAAAUGUAGCGCAGAAGUAAGUGCAGAGCGAAGGAUCCCGAGCGGAGGAGGAGGAGGAGAAAGGGAGGAGUCGCUUCAGCCACUGUUUUGACUGAACUUGAGGAGACGCGCCGAAAGGCCUCGGAGAAGACUGACGAGCGCCGUGAGGGCAUGAAAGAAGAUCAACAUAAUGGAAAACCAGUUAACUGAUUCUUCUGAAGAAAGUACAUUUCAAUAUCAGAGUUCCUUGCCUUCACUGCCGGUUCCUCCUCUUGAUGAAUCCCUAACGAAAUAUCUUGAUGCAGUGAAACCUUUCCUAAAUCAAGAAGAGUAUCAAAGAACUCGAGACAUAGUCAGAAGAUUUGAGAAUGGCAUUGGAAAGGAGCUGAAUAAAAUAUUACUUGAAAGGGCUACAGUGAAGAGAAAUUGGUUGGAAGAAUGGUGGCUAAAUGUGGCCUAUCUAGAAACCCGUUUACCAACACAAAUCUAUCACAAUUUUGGAGGACCAGGCUCUUAUAUUGAACAUUAUUGGCCAAUUAAAGAAGGGACUCAGAUAGAAAGAGCAUGCAUAAAUGUUUGGCACACCUUGAAUUUCUGGGAACAAAUGAGAAAGGAAAAGAUGGCUGUACAUAAAUCUGGCAAUAAGCCCCUGGACAUGGAUCAGUUUCGAAUGCUUUUUUGCACUUGCAAGGUGCCAGGCAUUGUUCAAGAUUCCAUUACUAAUUAUUUUAAAACAGAGAAUGAAGGUGAAUGUCCAUCUCAUGUGAUAGUGCUGUGUGAAGGCAGAAUUUUUGAAUUUGAUAGUUUACAUGAUGGUCAUAUUCUGAGCCCACCAGAGCUUUUUAGACAACUUUCCUACAUUAAGAAGAAAUGUGAGGAUGAACCUGAAGGGCCAGGAUUGGCUGCCUUAACAUCUGAAGAAAGAAUCUCAUGGGCAAAGACACGUGAUUAUCUUAUCAGACUUCAUCCAAAAAACCUGUCUCUGUUGGAAACAAUACAGCGUAGCUUAUUUGUAAUAUGUCUAGAUGAUUCAAAGCCUCAAGCUACACCUGAAGAUUAUUCAGAGAUCACCAGAUUGGCACUCGCAGGGAAUCCAACAUUGCGGUGGGGAGACAAAUCCUAUAACUUCAUUGCCUUCUCAAAUGGUUGCUUUGCAUCAAACUGUGAUCAUGCUCCUUUUGAUGCCAUGGUUUUGGUGUACCUCUGUUCUUACAUUGAUUCCAAGGUUUUUGAAACAGAAGGGAAAUGGAAGGGAUCAGACAAAGUACGCAAUAUUCCUUUGCCGGAGGAGCUUGUGUUUAAUUUCGAUCAGAAGGUUCUAAAUGAUAUUGCUUGUGCAAAGAACAAAUAUUACAAGCAGGUAUCUGACUUAGAGGUUGUGAAUUAUGCUUUUACAACUUUUGGGAAAGCACUGAUUAAGAGACACCAUCUUCAUCCUGAUACAUUUGUCCAGAUUGCUCUCCAAUUAACCUAUUACAGAUGUCAUGGACACCCUGGUUGCUGUUAUGAAACUGCAACAACCAGACAAUUUUAUCAUGGCCGGACAGAAACUAUGAGACCAUGUACCACUGAAGUAAUUGAAUGGUGUAAAUCCAUGCUAGACCCUACAGUCACUCAAGGCCAAAGAAAACACCUAAUGUUAAAGGCAUUUGCAAGACAUAAUAAACUGAUGAAAGAGUGUGAGAAUGGAAGAGGUUUUGAUCGUCAUCUCUUUGGCCUCCAACUCUUGGCCAGAGAGCAUAGUCUUCCAAUGCCAGAACUCUUCUUAGAUCCUGCUUUCACCAGAAGUGGGGGAGGUGGAAAUUUUGUUCUUUCAACUAGCCUGGUAGGGUACACAAGAAUUGCAGGAGCUGUUGCUCCAAUGGUAAAGCAUGGUUAUGGCUUCUUCUACAGAAUUAGAGAUGACAGGAUUGUUGUUGCCUGCAGUGCCUGGAAGUCAUGUCCAGACACAGAUGCUGAAAAUUUAUCUAAGGAAUUGUUCCGGUCUUUUCAAGACAUAAUAAAAAUGAUGUCCACAGCCCAGAUGUAGAAAAUAUAUUGAAGCUCCAGUGCCAUUUUUUUUUUUUUUACAAUACCAUAUCUAUUGAAAUUGAUUGAAAAUAUUGAAAAAUUUGAAUAUGAAAGCUUUACUUAAAAGGAAUGAUUGAAGUGGACAUGGUAUUUGACAGUUAGGCAUAAAUCAUGCAAAAUUCUACUGCAAUAACAAUGCAAUUUUCCUUGAAUAAUCUGCAGCUGCAAUGCAAAAUAUGAUUAGAACUAUGCAAUGAUAAACUAAACUUCUAAAAUGCAAGAUUUAUUGAAUUUUUCUAUAGGAAAAAAGUUAGUUACGUAAUCUUACUAGCAAUAAAGAAUGCAAAAUCAUGUUCAUAUGAAUUCAAUGUUUUGAGUUGGUGUUUUCAGAAAUACACUGGGGAAAACUUGCUUUUGUUUACUAUAAUGGAAAGUUGUAUUUUGAGCAACCAUUGGAGCAAUCAUGUUUUUGUUCUAUAUGAAAUGUGUAUCAUUGCUUUUUCUUGCCUUCAAAAGUAAUCAAAGAAAAAGUAUUAAAAUACUUAUGAAUUUAUUUCAGGUAACUUGGGGUUGUUCUUGUGUUUCAUUCAAAGGCUUCUCUAUAAACUGGAAGAAAUUAUAAUUAAAGAUACUGUAUUUUCUUGCCAUUUCAAAUGUAUAAUUCAGUAUGAUUCUCAGGACAACAUGCAUUCUUUGUAUCAUAAAUGAGAAACUCUAUGAAUAAUGCAAUUUAUUCUUGAAAUAAAGCCAUUCCAAAGAGCAAAAA